GCCCCAGGCCAGGUGCGGUGGCUCACACCUGUAAUCCCAGCUACUUGGGAGGCUGAGGUGGGAAAAUCACUUGAACCUGGGAGACGGAGGUUGCAAUGAGCCAAGAUCACGCCACUGCACUCCAGCCUGCACAACGGAGCAAGACUGCCUCAAAAAAGCAAAACAAAAAAUGCAAGCCCUGGAGCCCACCUGCCCAGCCACAUGACCCCAGGCAUGCUGGGAUCCACCCCAACCUCAGGGCCUUGGCAUGGCCACUCCCACUGCCUGGAAGGCUUGUUCGCUGGAUCUCCACAUGGUCAGCAACUUACAUCGGUUCACCAAAACCACCUGUCGCUCCCAAGCCAAAGACUACCAGUCCACUGACACCAGUGACCGCGCCCAAAUUCCCUUCCUCAGCCAGGCCCGAGAGUCUUCACAGUCCAAACUCCAUGUUCAGGGGCCCGAAGCCCCCCAUUGCCCCCAAGCCCAGGCUGACUGCCCCAAACGAGUGGAGAGCCAGUGUGUACCUAAAUGACAGCUUGAACAAAUGCAGCAACGGGCGGCUGCUCUGUGUAGACAGGGGGCUUGAUGAGGGUCCCCGGUCCGUCCCAAAGUGCUCUGAGUCAGAGACUGACGAGGAUUACAUCGUGGUCCCCAGGGCUCCGCUGAGGGAGGAUGAACCCAAGGAUGGGGACAGUGUGGGGAACAAAGCCCUGGUGUCUCCAGAGGCCUCUGGGGAAGAGGAAGAGGAGCAUGAGGAGGGAGGCGAAGCAUGCAGCCUGGAGGGGACGGGAGCUGGUGAGGAUUCAGUGGCCCCCACUGCUCCGGGUGCAGGAGUGCUGAGCAGGGAGGGUGAGGAAGGCACAGACCUCGCUCUUGAGGACGAAGGGGAGGGCUGCGCUGAUGAGCCAGGGACACUGGAGCAGGUGUCCAGAAGUGAGGAGGAAGAGAAACUGGUGCAGCCACACAGGGAGUGCAGCCUGGAGGACAGUGGGCCUUGGGCUGGGGAGGGGGUCUUCCAGAGCGACCUCUUCCUGCCUCACAUCCAUGGAGAGGACCACGAGCCCCCUGACACCCCCGGGGAGGCAGAGGAGGAGGAUGAGGAAGGCUGUGCCAGCACAGACCCAGCGGGGGCAGAUGAGGGUUCGGGUCCUGACAGGCCCACUGAGGACAUGGGACAGGAUGCUGAGGAUGCCAGUGAGGAGCCCCCUGAGAAGGAGGAGCCGGCCGGGGUCCAGGAGGCAGAGACGGCCACGGACUGCCCUGAAGUUCUUGAGGAGGGAUGUGAAGAGGCCACAGGUGUCACAGGUGGGGAACAGGUUGACCUCAGUGAACCACCUGACCACGAGAAGAAAACCAACCAAGAAGUGGCAGUCACCACCCUGGAGGACCGUGCACAGGAUGAGCCCGCUGAGGAGAGCUGUCAGAUUGUCCCUUUUGAGAAUGACUGCACGGAGGACUUUGUGACGUCCCUCACAGGAAGCCGCUAUGAGUUCUUCCCAACUGAGAGCACCUCUUUUUGCAGCGAGAGCUGUUCUGCUCUUUCUGAAUCAGCGAAAGAUUUAGAAUCAGAGCAGGCACCAAAGCUGGGGCUGCGUGCGGAGGAGAACCCCUUGGUGGGGGCUUCGUAUGGCCAGUGUGGCUCCCUACAGGGUGGAGCGGCAGAGGGUCCCGCAGCCCCUGAUGUGGUGGUGGUCGUGCUGGAGGAGGAGGCCUUGGAUGAUGCAUUGGCCAACCCCUAUGUGAUGGGAGCAGGCCUGCUGGGUCAGGCGGCCCCUGGAGAAGGAGGGCAGGCUGCAUCGGACGCCCUGGGUGGUUAUGGCUCGAAAGAAGAAAUGAACUGUGAGGCAGAGGGUGGCCUGGUCCCCGCAGACAGGAAGAAUACCAGCACGAGGGUCCGGCCCCACUCUGGGAAGGUGGCCGGCUAUGUCCCAGAAACCGUCCCUGAAGAAACCGGACCUGAGGUGGGCUCGUCAGCCCCUGGCAUUGGAAGUGCCACAGAGGAGGUAGGAAAGAUGCUUUUGUCAUUGGAGGGGAAGGCCCUGGAAGCCAGCAGGGCCUUGCCAGCAAAGCCCAGGGCCUUUACUUUAUACCCUCGGUCAUUCUCCGUGGAAGGCCGAGAGAUUCCGGUCUCCGUGUACCAGGAGGCUGAGGGGUCAGGGUUGGAUGACCACAGGAUAAAGAGGAAAGAGGACAAUCUCUCUCUGUCAUGUGUGAUUGGCUCCUCUGGGAGUUUCUCCCAGAGAAACCACCUUCCGUCCAGCGGCACCUCCACGCCUUCUUCCAUGGUAGACAUCCCACCUCCUUUCGACCUGGCCUGCAUCACCAAGAAGCCCAUCACAAAGAGCUCUCCCUCACUCCUGAUCGAGAGCGACUCCCCGGACAAGUACAAAAAGAAGAAGUCAUCCUUUAAGCGGUUCCUGGCACUGACGUUUAAGAAGAAGACGGAGAACAAAUUGCACGUGGAUGUGAACGUGUCUUCCUCUAGGUCGUCUUCAGAAUCCAGCUACCACGGGCCUUCCAGGAUUCUGGAAGUGGACCGGAGAAGCCUCAGUAACUCCCCUCAGCUUAAGUCUCGGACUGGGAAGCUCCGGGCUUCUGAAUCCCCCUCUUCCCUCAUCUUUUAUAGAGAUGGCAAGAGGAAAGGUGUCCCCUUCAGCAGGACGGUGUCCAGAGUGGAGUCCUUCGAAGACCGCUCCCGGCCACCCUUCCUGCCCUUGCCACUGACCAAGCCACGGUCCAUCUCCUUCCCCAGCGCUGACACUUCAGACUAUGAGAACAUUCCAGCCAUGAACUCGGACUAUGAGAAUAUCCAGAUUCCACCCCGGAGACCUGCCAGGGCUGGCGCGUUCACGAAGCUGUUUGAAGAUCAGAGCAGAGCCCUGUCCACAGCAAACGAAAAUGAUGGCUACGUGGACAUGAGCAGCUUCAACGCCUUUGAGAGCAAACAGCAGAGUGCAGACCAGGACACAGAAAGCGCCUACACAGAGCCCUACAAAGUCUGUCCCAUCUCGUCGGCAGCCCCCAAAGAGGACCUUACGUCGGAUGAAGAGCAGAGAAGCUCGGAGGAGGAGGACAGUGCUUCAAGAGACCCCAGCCUCACCCACAAGCUGGAAGGACAGUCCAGAGCCCUUGUCAUCGCACAGGAACUGCUAUCUUCAGAGAAAGCAUACGUGGAGAUGCUCCAGCACUUAAAUCUGGAUUUCCACGGAGCUGUCAUGAGGGCCUUGGAUGACAUGGACCAUGAAGGCAGAGACACAUUGGCCCGGGAGGAGCUGAGGCAGGGCCUGAGUGAACUCCCAGCCAUCCACGACCUUCAUCAAGGCAUCCUGGAGGAGCUGGAGGAAAGGCUGUCAAAUUGGGAGAGCCAGCAGAAGGUAGCUGACGUCUUCCUGGCCCGGGAGCAGGGGUUUGAUCACCACGCCACUCACAUCCUGCAGUUCGACAGGUACCUAGGUCUGCUCAGUGAGAAUUGCCUCCACUCUCCCCGGCUGGCAGCUGCUGUCCGUGAAUUUGAGCAGAGUGUACAAGGAGGCAGCCAGACUGCGAAGCAUCGGCUGCUGCGGGUGGUCCAACGCCUCUUCCAGUACCAAGUGCUCCUCACAGACUAUUUAAACAACCUUUGUCCGGACUCUGCCGAGUACGACAACACACAGGGUGCACUGAGCCUCAUCUCCAAAGUCACAGACCGUGCCAACGACAGCAUGGAGCAAGGGGAAAACCUGCAGAAGCUGGUCCACAUUGAGCACAGCGUCCGGAGCCAAGGGGAUCUCCUCCAGCCAGGAAGGGAGUUUCUGAAGGAAGGGACGCUGAUGAAAGUAACAGGGAAAAACAGACGGCCCCGGCAUCUAUUUCUGAUGAACGAUGUGCUCCUGUACACCUAUCCCCAGAAGGAUGGGAAGUACCGGCUGAAGAACACAUUGGCUGUGGCCAACAUGAAGGUCAGCCGCCCUGUGAUGGAGAAAGUUCCCUACGCUCUAAAGAUUGAGACUUCUGAGUCCUGCCUGAUGCUGUCUGCGAGCUCCUGUGCAGAGAGGGACGAGUGGUAUGGCUGUCUGAGCAGAGCCCUCCCUGAGGACUACAAGGCCCAGGCUCUGGCUGCAUUCCACCAUAGCGUGGAGAUACGAGAGAGGCUGGGGGUUAGCCUUGGGGAGAGGCCCCCCACCCUGGUGCCUGUCACACACGUCAUGAUGUGCAUGAACUGCGGCUGCGACUUCUCCCUCACCCUGCGGCGUCAUCACUGUCACGCCUGUGGCAAGAUCGUGUGCCGGAACUGUUCGCGGAACAAGUACCCGCUGAAGUACCUGAAGGACAGGAUGGCCAAGGUCUGCGAUGGCUGCUUCGGGGAGCUGAAGAAGCGGGGCAGGGCUGUCCCGGGCCUGAUGAGAGAGCGGCCUGUGAGCAUGAGCUUCCCACUCUCUGCACCCCGCUUCUCAGGCAGUGCCUUUUCAUCCGUCUUCCAGAGCAUUAACCCCUCGACCUUCAAGAAGCAGAAGAAAGUCCCUUCAGCCCUGACAGAGGUGGCUGCCUCUGGAGAGGGCUCUGCCAUCAGUGGCUAUCUCAGCCGGUGUAAGAGGGGCAAGCGGCACUGGAAGAAGCUCUGGUUUGUCAUCAAAGGCAAAGUUCUCUACACCUACAUGGCCAGUGAGGACAAAGUGGCCAUGGAGAGUAUGCCUCUGCUAGGUUUCACCAUUGCUCCAGAAAAGGAAGAGGGCAGCAGCGAAGUAGGACCUAUUUUUCACCUUUACCACAAGAAAACCUUAUUUUAUAGCUUCAAAGCAGAAGAUACCAAUUCAGCUCAGAGGUGGAUCGAGGCCAUGGAAGAUGCGAGUGUGUUAUAGCAGUUAUCAAGCAUGUGGACUUGUAACAAAUUCUUAGGUCAAUAUGUGAAUGCUUUUAGAAGCUAAGCUGUGGCUCAAGUCAUCCGGACACACACCUGGAUUCAGCAAUGAGGCCUGACCUUUUUGCUAUAACCGCCCCACCACUCCCCUGCCCCUGCCCCUGCCAACAUCUUCAUGAGUGGAACCCUUAAGGGAUAUUUAUGGACCUCUCCUUUUCUGUUGUUUUCCACCCCCACCCCCACCCGCCACCCGGUAAUAAACUAUUUCCUUACCCUGCAGUGAGUUAAAAUUUAGUAAGAUGAAGAUGUGGAAACCAAUAGAAAAGUAUAUUUAGAAAUGCAGGCUUUUUAGUAGAAAGAAGCUCUUACAGUUUUUACUCAAGAUAAAUCUUAUCACCUUUCAAAAAUUGAUUGUGGUGCCUCAGGUGAAAUGAGAAGCUAUCAGUAACAGCUACUCUCAUCGAAAGCACUUUAUUAUUUUACGGAGCUGCAACCUCCAAUUUUGUGUUUUCUAAGUGAUUUACUUAAGUCAAUAACAGAUGGAAUCCUGUGGACUAAUGUGCCACCAGUUUUCUAACAAGGGUGUACAUAAAAUUGAUUUUGUGCAGACCUGGCUGUGGCUUGCUGGUGUGCAAGCACACAUCACUUUAGAGGGGCUGCGCCCCACCAGAUAGGAAGGGGAGGAUUUUCUCCUCCAGUCGACCUUGUGACCUGUAUACUAACAUAACUUAUUAAAGGAGGGGUCCCUCCUCCCCAGAGCAGUCCUCAACACUAUGUCAGUGCUGGAAACGCAGCCACUGGCAGAUCUGGCCCCCCAGAGGUCACCGCAGAGCCUCUGAAGAGUCAGGGUCUGCUUUAAUUUAUUGUGUGCCUUUCUGUGUUUACCUCACUCAAGCUGACAACAUUGUUUAUGGGAAUCUAUCCUUCUUUAGACACACGGUAAUCCUUGGGCUGUAUUACUGAAGGCUUUUUAUUUUUUUGAGAGGUGAAAAAAAGAGAAAAAAAGUUAGACUCCAAAGUUGAAUUCCUGGUCUUGGCAGAUGGCUCUGGGCACAGCGAGGGAGCACAGAAGUUGUGGCCUGAGGCUGUUCUAUGGGCACUUAGGGCUAAAUCGGCUCUUGAGGGUGACUGUUGCUCAUUCUGCUGGACAGGUUUUUACAUAAAGCAAAGGGCAUGUGAGGGGUGGGAUUCCUUGUUACUCUUACUGCAAUAAAAAUGAAUUGUCUGA